AUGUGGUCCUCUCCAGAUAAGGAUCCGAAAGACAGGCCUUCCAUGAUUGUUCUGAAGAACACUAAUUCUGAGACACAAAAACACCGAUAUGAUCUACCAUACAAGAGACCUGAGACACACUGUCAUUCAGAAUACAAAAUGAAUCAUCGCCGUGGUUUUCAAGGAAGAAAGAGAGGUGCGAAUUAUAUCUGGCAUAAAUUUGACAGGAGGAACAAUCAUUUUAAUUAUCCUGGUACUCCAUAUGCCAUGGGACUGAAAAGGAGGAAAGAAAGAUACAGUUAUGAGGACCGGUAUUAUCUUACUGUGUGGAAUGAUAGAAAAACUGAGGAGUGUGAAAUGGAUCUGUAUGCUGAAAGGAGAGCCACAGAGAGAUGGUAUAAGGUCACAAUUCCAAGUGGGAGAAAGUAUGAGAAGACAUGGCUAAUAAAUUCAAUCCAGAACCUCUGUACUGUGCCCUUCGUUCCUGUUGAUUUCCACUAUGACAAAAAUCGGGCCCGGUUCUUUGUUCAGGAUGCCAAGAUUGCCUCUGCACUGAAGGAUGUCAACCUCAAGAUUUGUGAUGAAACCAGCAGAAAAAUUUCUCUCUUUGUCACUCCUUCUGUUGUGCCCUAUUCUGUGCAAAACAAGUUUUCAUCAGAACAAAUGGAGCAUCUGAAGAUAUCUAUAAUGAAACGGUACGACGCCUCCCAGAAAGCUCUGGACCUCGAGAAGUUCCGAUUUGACCAGGACUUGAUGGACAAGGAUAUUGACAUGAUGCUGAAUCGAAGAAGCUGCAUGGUUGCCACACUACAGAUCAUUGAAAGCAAUAUCCCUGAACUGUUGUCCUUGAACUUGAAAAACAACAAAUUGUACCAGCUGGAUGGGCUAUCUGACAUGACAGAGAAGGCUCCUCAAGUUAAGAUUCUGAACCUCUCCAGGAAUAAACUGAAGUCAAUCUUUGAGUUGGAGAAGGUGAAAGAGCUGAAGCUGGAAGAGCUGUGGCUAGAAGGGAACCCCUUCUGCAACUGCUACUUGAAUGAUUCUGAGUAUAUAAGUGCUGUACGAGACCUAUUUCCCAAGUUGUUGCGUCUGGAUGGCAGGGAGUUAAUGGUACCAACAAGAAUGGACGUCGAGGCCCCCCAGCUAUGCAAGAAAACCCAUAACGAAACUGAACUCAUAAAAAAUCUAGUUCUACGAUUUCUGAAAGAGUACUACUUGUUUUAUGACAAUGGAGAUCGUCUUCGUCUCCUUGAUGCUUACCAUGACCAGGCCUGCUUCUCCCUGUCCGUUCCUUUCAAUGUCAGUGACCCAGACCUGGACAACUUGGAAGAGUAUUUAAAAUAUAACAGAGAUAUAAAGAAACAGCAAGACUCGAACAUGCGAGUGCAGUUGCUGAAGCACACAAAACAUGACAUCGUGACCUCGCUUAGCUUGUUACCAAAAACUCAGCAUGAUCUUUGCUCUUUCUGGGUGGACCUGUGUUUCCACUCGGAAAUGAUGCUCUGUUUUUCUGUCAACGGACUGUUCAAGGAAGUGGAAGGAAAACGUCAAGGCUGCAUCCGUGCCUUCACAAGGAUCUUCAUUGCUAUCCCCUGCAGCGAGUCAAGAAUUUGCAUCAUGAACGAUGAGUUGAUUGUGAGGAAUGCCAGUCCCAAAGAGAUACAAAAGGCCUUCACAUCGUCGCCUGCACCCGACACUUCUCUCAAGCCUUUACUCUCUGCAGAGCAGCAGGAAAUGGUGAAGUCUUUCUCUGUGCAAUCUGGAAUGAAACUUGAUUGGUCUCAGAAGUGCCUUGAAGAUAACGAAUGGGACUAUACCAAAGCGGGUGAGGCCUUCACUGCCCUCCAGAAUGAGGGCAAAAUUCCAAAGGAAUUCUUCAAAUAAAGGAUACUAAGGACAUCGUGUGGAUAUAGUAUUCCUCCUCGUCCACAUUAUUUCUUUCUAUGGCUUUUUCCACUCCUGAGAAUAGAGGCCUGGCUGGCCAAAAAGCAAAAUUUACAUGUAAACCAAGUAACAGAACCUCCCUCUCCACAGGGGCAUUUUUUUUCACUG